CUUCAAUAGAAAGCGAUGAAACAUUCAGAAGAAGCUUCAAAUUCACUGGACAUAGCUUCUAUUGCUCCUUUAAAUCCAGAUUCACUCGAACCAGGCUCAGAGUAUUUUAUAGCUCCUCUAUGCCCAAACGUGUCAACAACUGGAUUAACUCACGUGACAACAAUUUCAUUGUCUUCUUCAUUAAAAAUCUCCAGCGACAAUGUAUUGCGGCCUGAAUUCGUUACUGCCGAGCACUCGGUAGUUUUUUCAGUUGCUAAGGCCACGAAUGCUUUUGCAAUUGGAUCUAAAAAUUCGGAGCAUGAAGUUGAAGCUAUCGAAUUACCUAUGGCCAGUGAAAAAGACAAUGUAAAUCCAGAAAAAGUUUCGGUUACUCAGCCUCGAAAAUUAAGAAGUAAAAUAUCCCAACGAAAAGUUCCAGUUGCCUUGGCUAACAUGUCUGCGAGUCGAACAAUCGUUUCCAACGUUUCAUCUGAGUCCGUUGAUCGUCAGACGGUUUUACUGGACAUGUCUAGCAUGGAAGUAGGAACCGAUGAGGCAAAACGAACACAACCUACUUACAGGCAUGAAAUUUCGGAUAGAAUUUUUGAUGUAGAGGAAGAAACUCCCAUUUCUCGGCCAUUGCCUCAGAUUCUAGAGCAACAGUCUUCUCUGACGCUGAUUGAUUCUAAUGAAGAUCAAGAUAAAGAUAAUUUAGGAAUAAAAUCUUCUGAGGCUGUUAGAGCGUUAGAUCAAAGCGCAAACUUACCGGAUGUAUCGGCAUUAAGGAUGUCAAUUUUACGAGCUUCGGUUAAUAGUGGAAACCAAACUUCCAAUCAAUCUAUCCGUAAUUCUGGUACUUCUGUUAUUUAUGAGCAGCGCUUGUCAUCCCAAACAAAUUUACAGAUUCCUGUCAAAGAAAAACCUGUUAUUAUUAAUAUCACUCAGCCAAAAUCGUUCAAUAGUUUUGAUUUGUUUAGACAAAGUGUUGAUUAUGACAAAGAGCGCAAGGAAGAUGAACGAGACAAACGCGAAGCAGAAUUAAAGGAACAAAUAUCAGAAAUUAGUCGAGAGAACGAUAAAUUAAGAAGAGAUAAACUUAAAUAUGAGAGCGCAGUAAAAAAAGCAUUAUUUCGUGGAUUUAUGUCUUUAAUUACAGAAGAAAAGAUGAAGGUUCCGAAGAGACGGAUUACAAAAAUUUGUUACACACCUUGUGCUCCUUGUAGUGGAAUUGCUACUUCAAUGAGCAAUAAGCCAAGUGUACCUAAUCUAAAAGUUACCGAAAGUUUGACGAUUCAAGAGCCCACACGAGCUCAGUCAAAAAAGUACGUCAAUGCUCAACCAUCGCUGAGUAAACAAACUUUACGAAAUUCAUGUUGCUUUGUAAAACAAAAAGAUAUUAAAAUUCCAAAAUUGUAUAUACCAGUCGACAACGUUGAGACUGUUUGUCACGGAGGAAAUUGUUUUACACCAAGGUAUCGUAAAAAUGAACCAGUUAAAGAUAUUGAGAAGUUUGUGCGUUGUGCGAGAACUUCAAAAGCUCGAUGCCAUAUGCACAAAAAUUCUGCAACUGGUUUUAAUAUUUCACCUGCAGGACUUCAAGAAUACACGCGUGUAAUGGGUUGUAAAAAUGUUUUUACAGCAGUGCAGCGUCGAAUAAAUUAAUUAAAGGAUUUUGAG